AUGGAAAAACACGGGGUUUCACCGGGGUUCAAUCAGAGGAUUUACACGUUUUUGCGCAGCCGGAUGUUUGACAGUGAGCUGAAUGCGACGGGUCACAGGGCCACUUUGCGACCCCCCACGGGCGUGCCUGUCAGUUUGUGUCUUCCAGCGAGGAAGAAAGCCUGCGAAAAUUUGCAUUCGGAUUAUUUCAGUGAAUUUAAAGCGCAUUCUGCUUUUGACGGUUUCGUCCGAGGCCUAGAAGAGAGGUUGCUGAAGAAAAUGUCUGUGAACCUGAAAAUACCUACAUUCAGUCGGUUGAAAAACAAAGUGAUCCUCUGCGCCUCAGCGAUUCUCGCUCUAAUCGGCGUCGCGUUUUUAAACAAACACCGCGAAGAAUACGUGAACCCAUUGCUGGUUACUGUGCAGUGGAAGGACUUGAACCCCAAGUACCCUUUCUCGUCUGGUUCCUCGACAUGGGCCGCAUGGAUGGCAAUUUUAGAUAACAUGACGGCGAGCAUCGAGUCCAUAGAGCGAGACUCGGAGGACACGUCGAAUGCGUUGAAGAAAGUCGCGGCCAUCUUGUUGUCCCACACUGAGGACUCGACAAUGACGGGCAUGGAACCACCUGUCAUGGCGACGUCGUCUAACUCUAGAACUAUUGUUAAAGGCGGUGAUGGUGGAAUAGCUCACCAAAAAUGGGCGAGUCCUAAGGCCAGAAUUCCGAGUAGAAUCCCGGUGACGGAUAAACAGCACACCAUCCUGAAGCCCGUUGCAUCUGUACAUCACAUCGUCACUGUUCAAACACCGCAUGGCUCUGAUUACAAAACUGCUGCGUCACACGUUAUUCAGAUCUGUGCUCCAUAG